CCUCCCUCUUGGCAGCGGGCUUUACUUUAAUUCAAACAAUCACACAUUCGGAGAGUACAUGAGCUGCUCCAAUAGAGGAGAGCCCACAUUUUAAAGAGAUUGUUUAAAGGGGAAAUGAGAUGGUGGAAAAGAUUUUUAAAGGCACAGUCAGACAUUUGUGAAUAUAUAAUUUACAGGUAUAUACACAUACAAUUCCAGAGUUGAAGAAAAUGGGGGUUUCUGUGCUUUGCAAUGAUUUUCAGUAUAAAAGCUUACAUAAAUAAUCAAAGAAGCAUGACACACAGACUUUCAAAAGUAUCAGAAACAUUAAAAACUUAGUUUUAAUUAGAUUUAAUUGAGUUUGUAUGAAAAGAUCUUCUAGGAUUCAUUGCAGUUUCUAAUCAUGUGCUUCAGAUUUUGGUUGUUUAGAAGUAGCCCACAGACUUCAGCAAGUUUCCCUGAUGUUUUCAAAAUUCUAACCUACCGUCAAAACCUGAAAAUCAGGCCUCUUGCACCAAUAUUUGACCCAAGGUUUUAAUUUUUGUUGUUGGUCUUGCAGUCUCAUUCUGGUCUUUGACAUUGUUUUCAAUGAUACAGAAGAAGUGGAGGAAUCCAACACCUUUUCCUGAGUUAAUGUAACGCUAAAGUUAACUACCUUCUAAGGUUCCCCUAAAAGUAGUCUGCUGUUGUGCAGUAUGUGACACAUUUCCUAUCAUGCACACUUUAGAUCAUGUGCUCCUGAAUUGGCCUCUCUGUCUUGUGCUGUGUUCUCAGCCUCUUUGAUUAGACUGGAUAACACUGUCCAUCUAUAGUGUAUCUCACUAUCUCCCCUUCUAAUCCCCAAUCUCCUGCUGUUUCAGGGUUUACAGGCUCUGUGAGAUCUUUGAUUUGUGCAAUGCCACUCACAAACCAACAAUCACACAUUCAUUACAAAACUUGCAAGAGUUUGAGGCAAGGCUGUUAAAGCUUAACCUUCUUCAUCAUAUCCUUUAAUCAUUGGUACGAUUAUACAGUGGGAAGGGAAUUUGUUGCAAUGGCUGUCUCAUGAUACUGAUGCAGACUUUAAAGACCUUUGUUGCUUUAGGCUAUUUGGGAAAGAGGCCACACAAAGACCUGCUUAUUGACGGACUAUAAAGCCAUCUUAUGUGUUGACCCUCAUGAAAAAUCAUAAAAAAUAUAUGGCUUGUUUUCGCACAGGGUGAACAAAACAGCGUGAAUCCACAAAUAUGCAAUGCAGUCAAUCCAACUCUAGCAUAAACUCAAAAAGAAAAAAAAGAAAAAAACACUUUUGAAUCACCACCAUCUCAACAAAAACUGAACAAGAUAAGUUUCACAAAUACUUCUUGUAAUUUGCUGCAAGUACAAUUUCUGAGGUGUUUGUACUUUGAGUAUUUCCUUUAUACUUUUACAUUUUAAGGAAAAAAGCAUGUACUUCUUUUACUACAGGUGUUCCAGAUUUAUAAUGAAACAUAAGAUCAACAUUUCAAUUGAGUCAUUAUAGAUCACUACACCCAUUUUUCCACCUCGACCAGGCUGAUACACAUCAAUGCAACAACAUUUAUAGUCCAAUAACAUAAUAUACAUCCUGAAAAUGGCCAUUAUGAGCAUUUUUGUUGAUGGUACGAACUUUUACAUUGUGCUAUUAUUACUUCAUGACCAAUAAUCAAUGGCGGCAAAGGUAUAGCUUUAUUUUAUAUUAUUAAGAGUAAAUUUUAAGACCAAUGAGUUUCGACUUCAGUUCAAAACGUGUAGUUCACUACACUAUGUGCUUGUAGUGGUAAAUGAGUGUUAUGAUAACCGCAAUCAUCUCAGGUUUAUUGGGAAUAAGAGUAUGUGCUGACUUGGUGAAGAUGGGGUUAAGUUUUCCUCCUCUGCCGAGCGUUUAUCCCUCAUAAUGGGAUGUGCCACCGAGUCGCUCUGCUGGUCUAAGCUACAGCAGGUCAACAUAUUCAGCGCGAGAGGCGGUGCAACAUGGGCUGAGCCUAUUUGCGGGGAAGAUGAGCUGUGGAUUCAGUGCAGCACAGUGGUCGUUAUUUCAUCGAUGAGGAGCUGACUUGACUGACUGACCGCCUCUGAGACACAGACAUGGUGACACGUGGAUUUUUUCGGGUGAGAGGACCCACCGGCCGCCGGGUGGAUUAACUGGUUGACGCAUGGGUGUGUGUCGCCGUUCCGGACUGCUCCGAUUUCGUUCUCGCUCCGGGACCCGGCGAUGCGCUCUUUAAAGGAAACGGGUUUCGCAGAGACAUCCGGAAAACGCAUCCAUGCGCCAGGGCCACUCCGCAUCCCGAAAUGCUUCUGACAACACAAAGCCUGGCUUCAAGGAGCUCCGAUAAGAAACCACACAUGCAAAUCGGCAUGGGUGCGUCAACACGGUUAUUUCGCUGUAUUUUGCGGAUGAGGCUUUGGAGCGCAGUUGUACAAUGAGACAAUCGGGAAUGAUCAAGUAGACUUUAUUGAUACAUAAUCCGACAAUAUGGCUGAUCAGAGCAACAUCCAGUCUGCCGCCUCCAAGAGUAUCCGGCCCUUUAAAUCCAGUGAAGAAUACCUGUACGCCAUGAAGGAGGAUUUGGCUGAAUGGCUGAACACGCUGUAUGACUUAGAUAUCACUGCGGACACCUUUAUGGAGGGGCUGGAGACGGGCUGUGCCCUCUGUCGGCACGCCAACAACGUGAACCGCGCCGCGCAGGACUUCCAGAUGGAGUAUCCGGAGGCAGCACAGUCCAUGAAAGUGCCAUCCAAAGAUGUUGUCUUUCAGUCGCGCAAUGUUAUGGCCGGCUCGUUUGUGGCGCGGGAUAACGUGUCCAAUUUCAUCACUUGGUGCAGGCAGGAGCUCUGGAUCAAGGACGUCCUCAUGUUUGAGACCAACGACUUGGUGGAGAGAUGCAACGAGAAGAAUUUUGUUCUGUGUCUCCUUGAGGUGGCGCGACGUGGGUCGAAGUUUGGCAUGUUGGCCCCCAUGUUGAUCCAGCUGGAGGAGGAGAUCGAAGAGGAGAUCCGGGACCAGGAGAGCCUGCGGAUCGAUGCAAGGGAGCCAGCUGAGCAGAGCCCGCCCAGCAGGUGCUUCAGUCGGAAGGAGAGCAGUCAGAGUGUGGAGGAUGAAAUUGAACCUGAUCCAGAGCCGUUCAUCUGGCAGCAGAAGAGAGUUUUAUGUGACAUGCGAAAUUUGGAUGAGUUGGUGCGUGAGAUUCUGGGCCGAUGUUCCUGUCCAGCUCAGUUUCCUAUGAUCAAGGUGUCGGAGGGGAAGUACAAAGUGGGAGACUCCAGUGCACUGAUCUUCAUUAGGGUCCUUCGUACUCAUGUGAUGGUGCGUGUUGGAGGGGGCUGGGACACAUUAGAGCACUAUUUGGACAAGCAUGACCCGUGCCGCUGCGCUGCUUUUGCCCACCGUUACCACCAGGCUAAAGCCAGUGGCCAAGGUCAGGGCGGCCAGAGCAAGUCGUCGAGUGCCCACUCGUCCCGCUCCACUAGCCCAGGUCCACACUGGCGAAAUGAUGGCAUAGCACCUUACAAGCCCCCAGACAGGCGCUCCAUGGAGCCCCCGUCUGCUCCAUGUGCCCCUUCCUCUGCCACACGGCCGGGCCGAUCUCAUAACACUUCUGUCCACACUGAGCCCGACUCCGGCGCAGCUCGUACUCUUCUCCCCCGGCCGCCACGAGACCGCUCAGAACCCCGCCACUUUAAUCCUCUCAGGAAUAAGGAGACAAUGUUGCCAGUGACAAGACGCCUAUCUGGAGACAGUGACUCCUCUACAGCGUCAUCUAAAGGAGGAGGAGGAGGAGGAGGAGGAGGAGGAGGAGGGGGGCGGUACUCUCUUGGUGGUGCCUCACGUCGCUCUGGUGAAGAAGUAGUCUUGCUUGUCAACCGCAAGGAAGGGAAGCAUAUGAUUGAGAGGCCCGGAGCAGGAAGUCAGACCCCCUCCCUGCGUCCCUCACUGCCCCGUGCACGCAGUCAAUCUCGGGAUCGUGCUGCACUUGCUCCAAUACUCAAACCUAACCCACCACAAGGAUCCUCUGAUGGAGCGCGGACGUCUCGCACUGAGAGGGGGCGCUCCCUGGGAAACGAGGGCCCGAGGAGGCUUCAUGCUCCACGUUCACACAGCCAGAGUAAGUUACCUAGCCGUACUCGGUCCAGCGAUGCCAGCCCGAGUCCGGCUUCCUGCUACAGAGACCCUCAGCCCCCACCUUCAGACAGACGAGAGGACCUGCGGGCCAAACAAGUGCCCCCAUCCUCUCCCAGAGUAGGUGGUGGCUUCGCCAGGAGGCAGUCGUCCUCGUGCUCCAACUCACCUAUUAAAGGGGUCCAGAACAACACUAGCGGCCCCAGCAAAAAGACUAUCACUACUCCCAGACCUCCUGCCCCUCGCUCACCCUCCGUAGGAAAAGGUAGACUACUGCCACCGGUAUCCUCAGGAGGUCGACGUUCACCACACUCAUCUCCCCGCAACUCUCACCAUCACGGCACUCGCUCCCCUCGGAUGUCACAGGGCCCCCGCUCUGCUGGGCGUGGCCACCAUAGGAACUGGCCUGGUCUGGAGCGCCAGGAGCCUGAGGAGGAAGGACUAGGCUUUGGCUUCCAGAUGCUGCCAACACUAGACCCCCAGAGGGAGCAGGACCUGUAUCGCAGCUUUGAGGCUGAGUUUCUGGCCAAUACACAGCAGGCUAGAGGAGGGUCUAGUAAAGCCCCAGGAGGAGUGAGCCUGCAGGGAGCUGGGACACAUUCAGUGCCAACACUCACUGAUCCUAAUGUCACUGACUCUGCCUAUUCCUCCUCUAACUCCUCCUCAUCCUCCCUGAAUGUGGGGGCAAAGAUAGGAACUCUGCCUGACCUCAGGGAAUCCAAGAGAAAUAAUCCCCGUCACUUCCCACUCGAGGACCCCUUACACUUACAUUAUGGACACAACUUUGGAGGACUACACAACUUUGGUCACGGAGAGCCUGAACACUGGGGGGAACGUGGAAUGGGUCUCAAGAAGUUGCCAGCCAUCUCUAGCUCCAUAGAGGAGAGGGAACUCCCAUCUUCGCUGCCUGGCCUUGGAGACACAGAGUCAGACAAUUUAAUGAAUCAGGUCCCCUCAAGACCUGCUUUCCACUGUAGGAAUAUGAAUGGAGACCAUGGAGGUUAUCCUCCUACCGGGGGGCUGACAGGUCAGCAGGGGGAGCUUGGCUGGGGCACAGGCCCUGAAGGAGAUGUUCCUCUGGAAAAUCACCAGCCGAACUUACCUUAUGACCUUGAAAAUGGUGACGGGAGUGAUGACCUUCCACCCCCAGAGGCUUGCCCAUCACCUGUGCCCCUUCCACCUUCUGAAGACUGCUCCUUCCAGGAUUCCUCGAGUGAAACCUCUUCCAUGUGCUUCAGCCUGAGCGAAUCCCGCUCUGAGUCCCCCCCACCAUCUUCACCCCUGGCCAACGGAGACACUGAGGGAGACGUGCUGCAGACUAAGAAAGGGCAGAAGAAGGCAGACAGGGUAGCACCUAUCUCAAAGCACAAACUGAGAAGCAGAAUCAGGCCUCGCAUCGACAACAGGCCAGAAAACAGCCCCUCGCGUAUCCCCACCCCGGUCAGCUACAGAGAUCUGCAGGCUCACGACACUCUUUCCCCCUGCCACACCCCACCGCUGUCCCCUCAGAGCUCCCAUUCUACUGGUCGUCCGGCCACGUGUAAGAGCCUGCACCAGGCCUUUGCAGAUAUGAUCCAUACUCAGCCACGUUCCCCAGCCAUGGGCAACAAAGAUUGCUCCUACCCUGGACAGUCAGGAAGCCUGGACACUGAAGCUUGGAUGUAGCACAAAACUGAUGGGUAUGACACAGGGGGUUGUUGUCAUGAACUUUGACUACUGUGUAAAAAAAACAGACUUAAGACUGGGCUAUAGACUGUUUUCAUUGCAUGUCAAACAUCACUUAGUUUCUCCCCUGUAUAACUGCGGGGGGUUCACAUUGCUUUUAUGUUGCACUCAAGCCAAAUUAUUUAUUACCAAAGGAAUGGUCUUUAAUACUACUUUUAAAUGUUGUUUUUAUGUAUGCAUGGGGAUGCUUUUGCCAAUCAUGAGGUGUGUUUGCUUUCUUUUCUUUCUUUCUUUUUUUUUUUUGCAGGACACUUGUGAAAUUCUCAUGGUUGACACAGAGAGGUAGAGAGAGAGCAUAUGUGCUGCCAUGUGCCCCACUGACGGGCAUGGUAAAGUGCCAGAGAUUUAAAGCUGCAACUCUAUACACAGUGUAAACCUUAAACCUUUAGUCAGAUCGAUUAGCUCCCUCUUGUGGUUUCCCAUAACAUCUCUGCUUGCCUUGAUAGUCAAAUUACUGGUUUGAUGACUGUGAUUUUCAGUCUCUUCACAUAUGACUCAAUAUUACACAUAUUUACAAUAUACUAAUAGGUAACAUAGACAAAGGAAUCCCCAUCAUUCUCGUGACUUUAUGAACAUUACAUGCACUACCAAUCUCUGUACAGUUGUCUGUGUUUAUUAUUACUGUAUGAUGUCAGCUUUUCACAAUCAGUUGAUGUAGUCGAGAUAGAUAAUAUGUUUCUAAAAUGCUUAUCGUGUCACCCAUUUUCAAGAUCAUGUUUAUUGCAGUAAAACAUUUGAACUUCUUCUUUUAAGUUGAUUAAGUGCAAACACUUGAGGAGCAGUGAAGGUUAUAUUAUAUAUACUUUGUGUCAUUGUCACUGAAACAGAUACGUUGAGACUUCUUCAUCCAACCAAACAGUACUCUGGAACAAAUAUAAAUAUAUGUGCAGAAAUCAAACGCUAAGGAGAAUGAAUGUGUAAAUACAUGUUGAUGAGCUCACCAUGAGAUGUGGGUAUUUUGUACAUAAAAAGGCAUUGAAUAUACAGUUUAAUGUACAUAUUCACUGUAUUAAGUUCUAUGCUGCCUUAGCUAUGCAAUAUUGGUGUUGGAAAUGCCUUGACAAUUCCCUUUGCCUUAAAAUUUAUUCGCAGGUUAGUUUUUGAAUGUUUUUGCUCAACACUAAGAUCUGUUCAGUAACACUACAUUGCCAUCAUUAACUGUUUCUGAUAGUAGAAAUUGGAGAGUUUGAGUCUGAAUGUGGGAAAAAAAAGUGAGGAACAUUGCCAAUUUUUAUUAUAAAUUAAAACUUGAUGUAGGUGUAACAAUGAAAGAUAAAGACAUACAAUUUAUUGCGUCUGAAACUUAGUAGUUGUUUUGAAACACCGGAAGCCAGAUAACCUUAGAUUGAUUUCAAAGACAUGACACAAUGUAUGGUGACAUCUAGUGGCUGAAGAACGACAUGUUUUAUUCACAGUAUAAAAAAAGAAAAAGAAAAGGAAACUAUAUUCCCGACACAGAAACCACGUCCUCUGUUUAGAAUGAAAUGUUCUGGUUCUGAUUAGGGUCAAUAGAGCCAGUAACAAUGGUAUGUUAAGGUGAAGUUUGAUGGAUGAAGAAUGAUUUUGACUUGAGUGACUGCAUGUGUGCAACAGUGCAUGAAUAAUAGAUACUGUAACUGGAUAUCAAGGUUCUCAUCUUAUGCUCUUACAGAGUUGUCAACCGUAUGAGAGGCCAGACUCCAGCUACAGUACUUCUGUUUCUUGGUAUUUAACAGGUGUGGACUUUGUAAAAUAUAUUUGAAAGUGGUGAAACAGUAGGAAUUGAAGUGUCAGUGUCCUGCAAAAACCCCAUAACAUCAAAAAACUCAAUUAAGAGAAAUUGGCAGCCAUUUGUUUUUGAAGUUUUACACAGGAGUCAAUGUCAGUCAGUAAGAAAGAACAAAAAACUUUUUUGCAGGACUCUGACACAGUGAAUGGGUUAAAAAUAGAGAGUGUGCAUAUCUUUGUGUACAUACUGUAUGGGAAUAUGUACAGAGUUGGAGUAAAGACGGGAAUGCAGUUGGUCUAAUUUAUUUAUUUAUAUAAUCAAGUCUCACUGGGCUCAAGUGACAUCUGUGUCCCAAGUACUGUAAGUGAAUACGUGUUAAGGGAAAUCCAAAUGAGGUGGGGCAUUUUAAGCUUUUUCAGUUUUCUCAAAAUUAUUCUGUAAACAAAAAUAAUCCUGCGAAAUGUUGCCAGUUUAAGAACUGGAAUGAUCCCACAGACAAACUAAACAUAUUUGGGCUGUAUUGCAAUAUUCAGAGAUACAAUAAUUUGAUUUAAUGCUGACUCCUUGUCCCUACAUUAAUUUAUGAUAUAUCAGUAUUGUUUGAGCUACAUUGAUCCAAUAUGUAACUGGCUAUCAGUUUCACCUUUUUAACCAGAUAUUUUCAUGUGUAACUUUUAAUUUUUUUUUGUUUGGUUUAUUUGAAGACAUUUGCAUUUUGAUCAACUGGUUUUUUAAAAUCUACCAGUUAACUGUGACUUCAUACAAACAUGCCAUUUCAUUUGGUAAUAAAUCACAGAAAUAGUUUCUCUUUGUUCUGCACACAAAUUUCAUGAAACACUCUCCCCCCAGUCAGCGAAAUCUGAAUGUUCAUGAUCAGACAAUUACUUGUUUGCUAAUGUUAUUUUCACUAAAACUUAAGUUAAAUGUACAGAUUGCUUGACAUUGUGGAAUUUGUAUGUAUGAAAUAGCAAUACUGCAAGACUUCACUGUUUUUUGAAGUUGAAAAUGCUGUCAAGUUGUUCUUGUAAUAAAUAUUUUCCUCUGAAGUUCA